AAAAGUAAACGGAGGGAGUAGCUAACUUUUAUUUAUAAACAGAUUAAGUAUCCACAACAGAAUAUAGGGGUAGUUGUCAUUUGAGGUCAUCAAACAGAGUCAAUACCUUAAAAUUUGGCUGAUGGCAUUGGACAAAACUAAAGAAAAGAAACAACAGAAGGAACAAAGAGUUGUUGAAAGAUUCAUAAUUUCAUUUCCAUUGAAUACCUCCUUCUUCCUUCCCUCCAAACUUUUCCUCCAAAUGAAUAUUUUCUGCCCCUUGAAUUUUUCCCAUAACCUCACCUUUAAGUCAAGAAAAUGUUUUCUCUUGUAGUUAUCCAAGAAAAUUUUCUUUGAGGUUUUGUCCCCAAAACAUAUCCAGAAAAAGAAAUUUUGAAAGAGAUUUGGAAAUAUCAAAAGGGAGAAAUCAAUGGAGAAUUCGCUGGGAGCUGAAGUUGUGGCUGUUUUUGCAGUCUCAGGAAGUAUUGUUCUCCUUGCCUUGAAAGUCCAUAAGCACCUUCUUUCUGAUUUUAUGAAGAAGAUAGAGUUUGAAAUACGACUGGAGAAAGACCAACAAAAGAAGAAGGUGAAGUUCUCCAACGAAGUUAUGAAGUUGGGCGCUUUAAGAAAAAGUGAAGAUGUUGAUAAUAAUCCAAAGAAGAGGUUUCGUCAAGAAAUAUCAGAUAGCGAGAGCAUGGAAUCCAUGCCCUUGAAUCGGCAAGCUCUUUACAAAGGGAUCCUCCAAUAUAAAGCCCUCAAAGGCUACGCCUAAAUUCAAUUUCCCCUUUGGAGUAGUUCUCUCUCUCCUCUCCUUGGUGGCGGCGACUUUCUACUUUAUUUUAUGUUAUUUUAUUCAAAAUGUGUGUUUUAUUGUUUCGACAAAAGUUGGAAUUUAUUUUUAAUAUGUUGACUAA